AUGCGUUGCCAGGAUGCUGGCGUCAAAUGCGAGUAUGGCAGACGCCUGAAAUGGGCAAACGGAGUGGCAGCUCGAGGACGUUUUGCAGGCCAACUGCUACCUGUUGAAUCAUCACCUUCUCCAUCUCCGCCACAGAUCCAGUCACCGUCCACGACUGAUGACUGGCAGGUGCUGUACUUUUCUCGAGAAAUCCUUCCAAGGUUCAGUCUAAUGGACGGCGGACCCGGGAUUGACCCAGCAUGGCUCGUGACCGAUUCUUCGAUUCACCAAGCAGUCAUUGCUGUCGCAAACGCACAUCGUCUGUUCAAGAAUCAUGCCGUCCAGGAGGAGACCCUAUCACAUAUCAAGGAAGCACGGUUGACAGCUAUACGAUCGCUACGCACACGACUUCAAGACUCUUUCACCCUAUCUCAUGCCAUUACAUUCCCGUCCAGCGUAUUACUAUGCAUGCUCGAUGGUAUCAUAGAACCGCAAGAUGACGGUCUCGCAGCAGCGUUUCAUCUUCGCGGUGGUCGCGCUAUUCUGCAAUACGGAAACCAUAUGACGGAGGUCUCCUCAAUCAAGUCUGGACCGAUGUCUUUACUGCUCUCAGUCUACGCCACGAUGGAUCUCACAUAUGCAAUCCUGGGCGGCGAAGCACCACACCUUGGCCCAGAUAUUUGGCUUCAACUUGCUGAUAGCGAGGCGUGGUGGACAGGCAUCAGCGACGACCACGCCUUCGUCGAUAUCAUGGCGUUACUUGCGCAAUUAGCACAACUCGGCCAUGAUACGCGUAUGACUGGCAUUCCAGUCCCGAUUCGAGAACUGCUUGAGAUCCAGCUCACACUUGGAAGGACAGAAUCACGUCUUGAGAACCUUGCGAUAUCAUCGUUACCAAACGAUGGCUGCCAGUCUAUCGAUGCCCUCACGGUCUUCUGCUCAGCAUAUCGAACUAGCGCUCGGAUAUACAUGUAUCGUGCCCUCUGCAAUCUCGACAUUUCCGAUGUGCUAGUCCAGGAAAGUGUACAAGAGGGCAUAGAUGCACUCCAACAGGGACCGGAGAUUGGCAAGCUUGCACAUUGCUUGCUGUUUCCAUGUCUGAUGAUCGGUACGCAUUGCAUCGAUCGUGAUGCCCAACAGACUGUACUGAGCUCGCUGGAGAUUGCUGGCGAGUACCUAUCUUUCGGGUCCGUCAAGGUCAUGGAAGGGUUCCUGAAGGACAUUUGGUUAGGUGGAGAUCUGUGUGCAGACUUUUGGACGAUGAUGCAACCAGUAUCUGGGAAAGCUUUCAUGUUUUGA